UGCGAAUGCGAGCCCAUGCCUUGCAUGCUUUGGGCCACUUGAGCCAGAAUGCAACUCGUGGUGGUGACUGCGGUAGUAUCUAGGUGCUAUUUGUCCGACCCCCUAUCCAAACAGCUAGCUUCAUUCGCCAGCAAGGUCCGCUCCCUGAUUAUUGUAUUGUUGUGGUCUGUUAUUUUGUGGUCAUUGAGCGCAUUACCUGACUGUAUUAGACUAGACUACGGGAGUGUCGGGGUGGCUCACUCAGGAGCAGGUCGACAUUUUGAAGAAAGGCCGUCAAUAUCCAGUCCCGGGCAUCAAGACAUCUUGCGGAUAUAUGCCGACUUUAGAAGUCAUGAUUGUGUUUUGUGAUCUCUUCGGUCCUAGUCUUCUUGGACACUCUGUUCAGUAUUUUAGAAAACGACGA